CAAAACAGAGGGACAUGAGAUUCAUUCUGCUGGCCAUCGCUCUAGGCUGCGCAGCGGCUGACCUGACGGAGGACGGGAGAGUAGUGAACGGCUACGACUGCCGCCCGCACUCCCAGCCCUGGCAGGUGUACCUCACCUACAGCGGGGGCAACCGCUGGUGCGGCGGGUCCCUCAUCAACCAGUGGUGGGUGUUGUCUGCGGCCCACUGCGCCAAGCCUGCAAGCCAGUUGGAGGUGCACCUUGGCGAGCAUGACACCUACCGCGAAGAAGGCACAGAGCAGCGCUUCUGGGUGUCAAAGGUCAUCUCCCAUCCCUACUACAACCCUCAGAACCUGGACAACGACAUCAUGCUCAUCAAGCUGGCCCGUCCCGCCCAAUACACCCAGUACGUCCAGCCCAUCCCCCUGCCCACACGCUGCCCCUACACAGACGAAAACUGCCUGGUGUCUGGCUGGGGCAACACCAUCACCAAUGGAGUCCAAUACCCUAGAGUUCUGCAGUGCCUGAACCAGCCCAUCAUCGAUCAUGCCAUCUGCCGCAAUGCCUACCCCCAUCUGUUCACCGAUAACAUGGUAUGCUCCGGGUUUAUGCAGGGAGGAGCCAGCAGCUGCCAGGGUGACUCGGGUGGCCCCCUGGUGUGUAACGGUCAGCUGCAGGGCGUGGUGUCCUGGGGCUACCAGUGUGCACAGACCGGACACCCUAGUGUGUACGUUCGGGUGUGCCGCUAUAACGACUGGAUCAACAGCAUCAUGAGCAGCAACUGA